GAAAAGCUAAGGCCCAGAAAAGGGAAACAAACAGCCAGCAUUGAGCCAGAACCUCCCGCCCCUUAGGGAGACAAUUCCGGGGGUGGAAACCAGUCCUAGAAGAGACCUGUCUUAGGCACGUGCUGGUCCUGACCCUGAGUCACCUAAGUGGGGAGGAGGAGCGACCGUCACGCUCAAGGCCUCGUGUAGGGGACGUGAAGACACCCUAGCCUCCACUUCUGUGACAGGAUUGCUCUCAUAGGUGCAGGGGCGUGGCGGUCGCACCUGCGCGAGUUGGGCGAAAGAGGAGGAGCGAGGUGACGCAGGCGUAAUAAUAGAGAAGGUGCCAGAAAGAUCCAAAACAAGUGGCUGCGGCCGUCGCCCAGAAGUCAUCGGACGCUGGAAUCUGGCCCUGGUUCUGAGCUUGUUCCGCACCCCUCCCCUGGGAAUGGCGUUGUCCGGGUCGACCCCGGCCCCGAGCUGGGAGGAGGAUGAGUGUUUGGAUUACUACGGCAUGCUGUCGCUUCACCGUAUGUUCGAGGUAGUGGGCGGGCAGCUGACCGAGUGCGAACUGGAGCUCCUGGCCUUCCUGCUGGAUGAGGCCCCCGGCGCCCCCGGCGGCCUGGCCCGCGCCCGCAGCGGCCUGGAGCUGCUUCUGGAGCUGGAACGCCGCGGGCAGUGCGACGAGAGCAACCUGCGGCUGCUGAGCCAACUCCUGCGCGUGCUAGCCCGUCACGACCUCCUGCCACAUCUGGCGCGCAAGCGGCGCCGGCCAGUGUCCCCUGAGCGAUACAGCUAUGGCAAUCCCAGCUCUUCUUCCAAGAGGACAGAGGACAGUUGCCGGCGUCGGCGACAGGCGAGCAGUUCUUUGGAUUCUCCUCAGAGUCAGUGGGACACAGGCUCCCCACCAACCAAGCGGCAGCGGCGGAGUCGGGGCCGCCCUAGCAGUGGUGCCCGGCAGCGGCGGAGAGCAGGCCUGGCAGCCUCGCAGCAGCACCAGGAGUUGGGCAGGCCCUCCUCAGAAGGCAAGGUGACCUGUGACAUCCGGCUCCGGGUUCGGGCAGAGUACUGCGAGCAUGGGCCAGCCUUGGAGCAGGGUGUGGCAUCCCGGAGACCUCAGGCGUUGGCCAGGCAGCUAGAUGUGUUUGGACAAGCCACUGCUGUGCUACGGUCAAGGGACCUGGGCUCUGUGGUGUGUGACAUCAAGUUCUCAGAGCUGUCUUAUCUGGACGCCUUCUGGGGUGACUACCUGAGUGGCGCCCUGCUGCAGGCCCUUCGGGGCGUGUUCCUGACUGAGGCUUUGCGGGAGGCCGUGGGCCGAGAGGCCGUCCGCUUGCUGGUCAGUGUGGACGAGGCUGACUAUGAGGCUGGCCGGCGUCGCCUGUUGCUGAUGGAGGAGGAAGGAGGGCGGCGUGGGACAGAGGCCUCCUGAUCCUGGAUCUGGCAGGACUGACCCCACCUCCAAGUCUCCGCAGGCCACCAGAAAGACGACGACCCUCUUGCCCCCAGACGAUUGACAUUCAGCAGCUUGAGGACGGUGUCAGGACUGCAGGUUCCGUGAUGGCCUCUCCGAUGAUGUGGGCUUUGAGGCAUAAACCACUUCCAGCUGCUUCCAUCCCGAGUUCCCUGCUCCCAGGUGGUUUCCCUCAGCCUUGGGGGCCCAGCCUCACAGAGCCCCGAAGCAGGGAGGCAUAGCUCCCUGCACAUCGUGUCUCUCACCCUGGGCUGAUGCUGUCUGCCCCACACACUUUAGCCUAAGGGCUACUCUCUCAGGAUCUCAGAUUUACUGUCCCCACGUGGGUUUCAGCCACAGCAGUGGGCUCUGGAGCUGGGGCUUGCUCACCUUGCCCAUUCAUCUAAUCAACCUGGGCUCUGCCUGCCGCACAUACAGAUAUCCAACUCUCCAUCACCUUCCCCUGCUCCCUGGAGUGAGACAGACUUGCCCUUGGGCCUUUUAACCCAGACUGUCACACAUGGGCUUUGUGGCCACAUCAGGUCAAGGGCAGCUGUUUCAUACAGAGCUAGGACCAGAACCAGCCACUUUCUCGUGAAGGGAAGGUGAGGAGGUGGGCUGAUGGGAAGAUGGUUUACAAACUGCGCCAAUAAAACUGCCCCAGAAAGGGCACAGGUGGACGUCAA